GACAGUUCAGUCUAUAUUUGAUUGCUGUGUUGGUUGUUUGCUUCUGCUUUCCUCUCAGAACAUGAAGUAGAUAUCACUAGGUUUCAGUUAGUUACAUACAUCUUUGUGGAUUGAACUACGGCUGCUUGCUAGCUGAACAAAUACAAAGUUGGUUUAGUCUUGUGUGAAUAGCUGUUUUAUAGCCCAGACUUGUAGGGGUAAGCAAAAAGUCACUCAGUGUUCCUACUGUUAAGCAGUAGCAUUCAGAUCAAACUUUCUUCUAGACUUUUUGUUAUUAAUGCUACAUUUCAAACUUCAGGUCCACACAAUGUCUUGAAAUGUGUUUAAUGAAUUUUUGAUAUUGGGGAAGUGAGAAUGACUGUACCAUGUUUAACAAAUUCCUCUAGUUGAGGUGGAUGUUCUUGUUGAGAAUUUAGGGUAAUUUCUCCAAAAAGCCCAAAAGUCACCCUGAAUUGCUGAAGUGUCGUCUGUUUUAGUACAUCAAAGCAGAUUAGUGCCUAAUUCUUGGGAGAAAAUGUUGGCUUUUGUACUAAUCUUGUUGAGUUUCCCAUAGAGCCGCUAACAUGUUUUGCAGCUUCUUGUAAGAAAUACUUGAGUAAGGCCAAAGGAUGAUCCCUCCUAGUUGUUUGUGUUUGGUACUGGUCAGAAGUUCAUGCCUAGGCAAUGCUGUUGUAAGAGUUUUCUUGGAGGCAUUUUCGGUCGUGUUUGUGAGAUUGAUGUUAUUCUUAAUGAUGCUGAAACACGAAAAACAGCAGAAAUCAAAACAGAAGAUGGUAAAGUAGAAAAGCAUUUUCUCUUCUAUGAUGGAGAAUCUGUGUCGGGAAAGGUGAACGUCUCCUUUAAGCAGCAUGUGAAGAGACUAGAGCACCAAGGAAUUAGAAUUGAAUUCGUAGGACAAAUUGAACUCUUCAAUGACAAAAGCAAUACCCAUGAAUUUGUAAACUUAGUGAAAGAACUGGCCUUACCCGGAGAACUGACCCAACACAGAAGCUAUGACUUUGAAUUCAUGCAGGUUGAAAAGCCAUACGAAUCCUACAUUGGUGCCAACGUCAGACUGAGGUAUUUUCUAAAAGUGACAAUAGUGAGACGACUGUCAGACUUGGUGAAAGAGUAUGAUCUGAUUGUUCACCAGCUUGCUACAUACCCAGAUGUAAACAACUCCAUUAAAAUGGAAGUAGGCAUUGAAGACUGUCUUCAUAUAGAAUUUGAAUACAAUAAGUCAAAGUAUCACUUAAAGGAUGUGAUUGUUGGAAAAAUUUAUUUCCUCUUAGUGAGAAUAAAGAUUCAGCACAUGGAGUUGCAGCUGAUCAAAAAGGAGAUUACUGGAAUUGGACCCAGUACCACAACAGAGACUGAAACCAUUGCAAAGUAUGAAAUAAUGGAUGGUGCACCAGUUAAAGGUGAAUCGAUUCCUAUAAGACUGUUCUUAGCAGGCUAUGACCCAACUCCAACAAUGAGGGAUGUGAACAAAAAAUUUUCAGUGAGGUACUUCUUAAAUCUAGUGCUUGUGGAUGAAGAAGACAGACGAUACUUCAAACAGCAGGAAAUAAUUUUAUGGAGAAAAGCUCCUGAGAAGCUGAGGAAACAACGAACAAACUUUCACCAGCGAUUUGAAUCUCCAGAAUCACAAGCAUCUGCUGAGCAACCUGAAAUGUGAACUGGUAUAACAUGAAAAACUUUGCGAUGCUUCAGCAGGUUAAAGAUGGCAGCAGCCUGUGGGAAAAGAAGGCCAAAAUUCCCAUUACAACUGUCUUCCUUCAUCUUGCAGUGCUGCAUUUACCAUACUACUAAAGCGUUCUUCAGUUAAACAUUCAAGUAUGUAUAUACAUUUAAAAUAAAGUGCUUUCUCAAACACUGGAACUUUCUUAAGCUACUAUUUUAUACUGCACAUUUACUUUUAUUUGAUAAUGUUAUAUGCACUUGGCUAUGCAUAAGCUUAAAUCUAGUUAUUUCCAUGCAUGGUAGGCUGGUAUAUUUGAUUUUUUUGCUGACCACCUAUACAGUGUAGACUAAAGCAUUUCCCUUCUCUCAUGUUGUUUAUUGCAUGUUUCUUUCCAAUGUUGCUUAUUUGCAUUUGUUUUGUUCUGAAACUACAGUAAGACACAAUUGACUAAAUCACACUAAAAAUUGAAGUUCAUGGUGAAUUUGUCCUAAGACUUCUAAUUACUGUGUUAGACAGGGUUUAACUGAAACUGCAUGUAUAUGCACUAUGCCUAUGAUAACUGUGGAGCCUUCAGACACCUUACCAAGGUUGCUAAGAAGUUUUGAAUCUGUCAGUAGCAAAGAAUGUUAGGAAACAUCUUUGCCUUCCCUCCCCCAGUUCUCUCCCUAUCAUACAUCUCUAAGCUUUUUAUGUGAGUCACUCCUGGUGUUUGGGGGUUCGUUGCCCAGUUAACUGGUGACUAUAGCGAUGUUGUCAUGAUUUCACCUUCAGGUGACGAGCGGGUAAAGUAUUUUAACGUAAUUAUCUCAUAUCGAUUAAAUAAAUGCUGGUAACAUUAUUUCACAAAUACAUGAAACUGGGUGGUUCCUCCUGGCUCUGUGCUUCCACUGUCUUCACAGUCUGUCUCCUUGCUGUCCUGACAGGAGAGGCAAAACGUCCUCAAAGUCCAUCUGGGCCUGUUAUGAGGGCAAACAAGCUUUUUGUGGUAUUACGGAAAAGUAUCUUGAAGCCAGGCGAGCCUUAGAACUGUUAGAAGCUUGUCUGGCACAGCAGAUCAUUUGUCUUAAUCAUCUCAUGCAUUUAAGUGUUUGAAGAAAUAGCUUAAAGGAGUUAGCUUUCAUCUAGUCACAACUGACCAUGUAGUCUGUUAUCAGACGUGUGGCUUGGGCAUAAAGCAAAGCCUGCUGUGUGGAAGGCUACUUGCGCUUGUAGUUCACUUGGCCUUUAAACCAAGACUGCUCAACUCCAGUGCAAGUGUCAUUGGUAACCUUACUUUAUGAGUAAGUAAAUAAUCGAAUUACAUUUCUGUAAGAACUGUUUUAUUACUGUGGCACUUUGAUAAAGCAGACAAAGACUCUGUGUACUUUAUGCUAGGAUACUUCUACCGCGGAUAUCUUUGAAUGAGAGCAAAUUUAACUCCCUCAUGUAAGUGCCUGUUCAGAAAUUUAAAGAAUUAAUUAAAAAGCCAAAUAUUUUCAUGGUCACUUGCAUGUUGUAAUCUGGAAAUGAUUCCAAGAGAUUUUGAAAACUUGAUUGUAUUUAACCAGCCUCAGAUUGUGCAACCAUGUAUAAUAAACGGGAAACAUCCUGAGCUGCUCUUUGAUUUAUUAAAACAGCUGUAUUCUCACUAA